AUGUCCGUACGCCAGGUUAGACCCGCACGACCGGCUGAAACCUCCACUUCAUCCGAUGAUUCUCCGAGUGAACAACGGUUAAGCCAGGUGGAGACCGAAAUCCGCCGUAUGAAAGAGAUGUGGGCCACUCAAGCCGCGACGAACCGCCAAACCCAAAACAACAUAGAAGAAUUAGGUCGGACCGUACAAAAGAAAGCCGACGAAGAUGACCUAGAAACACUCACCGAAAGAGUCCAUCAGUUAGAACAAAAAUUACUCGAGUAUAACGAGUUCGAGAAAAAACUAGAAACGAUCACAGGCCUGAUAGACGCCAUAAACAUCAGAAGCAACGACCCGUUACAGUCAGCGGCCGAAAUCAUAGACCGGGCCAAUCAAGCUACCUCGUGGGAAAUUCACAUUCCGAGGAUAGUGGACAGCCUUAAAGAAGACAUCAAGGAGAUCAUCAACCAAGCAAAAGAAAGCCUCAGAGAAAUACGGGACGACGAUAGUCUCCCCGACCUGGAGCCCAGCCCGUUCCGCCCGGCCGAACCCCUUCGUGCUUCAUCAAGAGCCGAUAACAAUAACGGGAGUGCCAAGUCAGAACUUCUAGAAGACCGAGACCUCAUUCUUAAGGAACUUCGAGAAAGCAUCGGACUAAUGGACGCCGACCGGGUCAACCGAGAAAAAUACCUCGACAUCGCCGAAGCACGAUGGCUUGCCAUCAUCGCCAUCCACGAGAAGCUAGCUCUGGUCUCUACAACUAAGGAUAGAGCGAAAGACCGCCAAAUAGAGGACAACUUCCGCGAAAAAAUGAGGAGGAUGCGGGAAAGAAACAAGAAAUUCGAAACCCAGCCAUCAGUUGCAACAAGAGCCGCGCUACCUCUACCCAUCUUCAGCGGAGAAAUCACCGCCUGGAAGGGAUGGAGAACCAUCUGGGCAACAUAUGACCUAGACCCCCGGUUAUCAGAGGUAGAAAAAUUCCAAUACCUCCGCCUCAGCCUGAAAGGGAAAGCCGCCGAACUCGUCGCCCAUCUACCCUUCGACGACAAUCAAUACCGGGCAGCAAUGGAGAGAUUAGAAUCUCGCUUUGGGGACCCCGAGAAGCUCAAGACCCACUAUAUCAACGAGCUACGACUCCUCGUUGCAACACGGCUGGGAGAAUCCGCAACAACCGAGCAGCUCCAAUCACUACUCGACGGACUUAACAACGCCAAACUAGCGCUGAUAAGCCUCAAAAUAGACAUGGAGAGUUACGGAGCUUAUAUAUCGGGAGAUGUCCUGAAAACCCUACCACGAUCACUCACCUCUAGAUGGCUUAGGGAAAAGUGGUCCGACAGAGAAGAACCCUCGCUGGACAUGAUCCUAAAGGAACUCAGCCUGGAAAUCCGAUUACGAGAAAGAGAAGAAACUACGGCUAGACGGCCAGAACCACCGGCCCUUCCACGGGGGGAGACCCAGGAUCGAUCCACCCGUACAUCCUGCUUCUUCUGCCAGCAAAAUCACACUCAUCACCGGUGUACCAUGAACACCCCACAGGCCCGACGAGACAUGUGCGAGCGAGAUAACCGCUGCUUUAAAUGCCUAGGACGUUCACACCGGACAGAACACUGCAUGGCACGAGUACCAUGCAGAAACUGCAACAGCCUGGAUCACAGCCCGGCGCUAUGCUUGGUCAGACAAAGACCCGCUAAUAAUCCGUUCAGAAACCAAUCACCCCAACGAUCGACCGGGAGAACGGUCACGAUUGACACCAACAUCAACAUGGCCCAAACAUCAACAAGCCUUCCCACCUUCACGGCCUAUAUUAAGGGAAGAGAGGGGGACAAUAUACCUGUCUUAGGACUGAUUGACUCCGGCAGUCAACGAACCUUCAUCAAACGCGGUAUUUCCAGAAGAGCAGACCGCACGAAUGAAGAGACCGAGGAGAUUAGAAUCAAUACCUUCGGGCUAACCCAGGCCCGCAUGGAAAUAACGACAUCCUGCGACAUCUGGUUGGUCUCCCAGACGGGCGACGAGUUAAAACUACGGGCAACCGAAAUGGAGUUUCUCGCUAAAGCCACCCCGAGGAUUCCCUCCACGGUGGCGCAACUAGUGUCUCAGCGGCGAGAAAGACUCGCCGAUAACAGGGAAAAUCUAGACGACAGCAAGAAGGAGUUCGACAUCAUCAUCGGGUGUGACCAUUAUUGGCGCAUCCUGACCCACGAAACGCUGCAAGGAUCCGAUGAAUCGGUAGCCUGUGCCAGCAAACUUGGAUGGAUUAUCUUCGGAGCUCCCAGCGAGGCUAUCCACGUAUCCACACUAACGGCGCCGACUAACAGCAGCAGAUCCGUCAUAGACUUCAAGGAAUUUUGGAGCCUAGAGCAUAUGGGGGUAACGGCACAAGAAGCCGAUGAACCCGGAUUCUUAGAGGCCUAUCAACGCUCCAUUAAACGCGACGAAGACGGCCGAUGUGAAAUCCUCUUCCCGUUUAAAGACAACAGAAAAACCAUGGAGACUAAUAAAGGAGUGGCGCUGGCACGUCUCAACUGCCUGUUACACCGGAUGAAGGGAGACGAUCGCCGAGCAUACCACGAGAUCUUCCAACAAUACAUUGAGAGAGGAUACAUUGAAGAAGUGGACGGGACAUACACCGGCAUCUGCACCUACUUACCACACAGACCGGUCAUCAAACAAGAGGCCACAUCAACCAAAAUUAGGCCUGUGUUUGACGGUUCAGCACACCUUCAAGGUAGACCCAGCCUCAACGACUUGCUCGAAACAGGGCCCAAUUUAAACCCAGAAUUACUAGCGGUCCUGCUCCGAUUUCGGCGAUACAAGAUCUCCUGGAUGGCCGACAUCACCCAGGCCUUCCUGCAGAUCGGAAUCCAGAAAGAACACGCCCAGAUAGUUCGGUUUAUUUGGGUCAGAAACCCCGACGACAACCCGGUACAGCUAGUAGAGUAA